AUACACUCACAUUACCCGAACUGAAAUCUCAUUUAUGUGCUAUGGCGAUAAAUUACAAAAUCAUGACGUUCUUAAAGUUGAUGAAAAUGAGAUUGUUGGCAAACCAUUAUUGGUUUUUGACUAAGCCGACGGGACCUUCUGACAAGUUGAAUGAUAAUCUUUCCGCUAACAUUAAGAAGACACUGGGCGGUGAAGAAGGGCCCAUAUUGAUCGCUUUCGUUCCUGGUGAUAAAAUUAUAAAAAUUGUUAGUACAUUCAAUUCCGAUGCAUCAAGAUUAGCAAUCCGCCAUCCGAUAUAG